CGCUGCGGCGGCGUCAGCUGACCGCGGGUCACGUGACCCGGCGGCGGCUGAGCGGGCGGCGGCGCCGGGGAUGGAGCAGUGACGCAUCUUGCCUUUACCCUCGGAAUCAACAACUAUCAAGAUAAAGGCACAAAAAUGACAGAGUUUUGGCUGAUUUCUGCUCCUGGGGAAAAGACCUGUCAACAGACAUGGGAGAAGCUACAUGCAGCAACUACAAAACAUAACAAUCUUUCCACUAAUUCAAAGUUCAAUAUUCCAGACUUGAAGGUUGGUACACUGGAUGUUUUGGUUGGUUUGUCAGAUGAACUGGCUAAACUGGAUGCGUUUGUGGAGAGUGUUGUAAAGAAGGUGGCCCAAUAUAUGGCUGAUGUGCUAGAAGACAGUAAAGAUAAAGUUCAGGAGAAUCUUCUGGCCAAUGGAGUUGACUUGGUCACCUAUAUAACAAGGUUCCAAUGGGAUAUGGCCAAAUACCCUAUCAAGCAAUCCUUGAAGAAUAUUUCAGAAAUUAUUGCAAAGGGAGUAAACCAGAUUGACAAUGAUCUAAAAGCAAGAGCCUCGGCAUACAAUAAUCUGAAAGGGAAUCUUCAGAAUUUGGAAAGAAAGAAUGCGGGAAGCUUGCUAACCAGAAGUCUUGCUGAUAUUGUAAAGAAAGAGGACUUUGUACUUGAUUCAGAAUAUUUGGUCACAUUAUUAGUGAUUGUGCCGAAGCUAAAUUACAAUGACUGGGUUAAGCAGUAUGAAACACUAGCAGAGAUGGUUGUACCACGUUCCAGCAAUGUACUCUUCGAGGACCAAGACAGCUACCUUUGUAAUGUCACCUUGUUCAGGAAGGCAGUGGAUGACUUCAAGCACAAAGCCAGAGAAUAUAAAUUUAUGGUCCGUGACUUCCAGUACAAUGAAGAAGAGAUGAAAGCUGAUAAAGAAGAAAUGAAUAGACUGUCAACUGACAAGAAGAAACAGUUUGGGCCUCUGGUUCGGUGGCUGAAAGUUAAUUUCAGUGAAGCUUUCAUCGCAUGGAUUCAUGUGAAAGCAUUACGUGUUUUUGUUGAAUCUGUUUUAAGGUAUGGUUUGCCAGUUAACUUCCAGGCAAUGCUGCUUCAGCCUAAUAAGAAAACAAUGAAGAAACUGAGGGAAGUUCUGUAUGACUUAUACAAACAUCUUGACAGCAGUGCAGCAGCUAUCAUUGAUGCAACUAUGGAUAUUCCAGGUUUAAACCUCAGCCAGCAGGAGUACUACCCAUAUGUGUACUACAAGAUUGAUUGUAAUUUGCUGGAAUUCAAGUAAAAGUUCCCUAACAUGACAAUCUUCUCAGUGUUGGUGUAAACAAGCAGAAGUGAGGUUGAAGUAUAGUAAUACUUUUAACAUUCUAAUCAUAUGCUUGCUUCUUAUGUUAGGUGAAUUGAACACACCGUGGUCCAUCUCUAGACAUUUUCUUUUUAAAGAGCAGUGUAGGUAACCAGCUUUUAAUCAACUAUGUCUGUAAAUGUAUAUUGAGAGAAUUGAAGUAUUUAUAAACAGAGUGAUUUAUUUAAGGAAAAGCUUAUCCCUCUUUCCUAAGGUGGUCUGUGUUAAUUCCAUUUACUGUUGUUUAUAAAAAAACUUGUUUACAGAAGACUAGUGUAAAUGUUAAUGGCCAUUUUGUUCAUUUGAUUUAGUAGAUACAACUGUGUUAACGUUGUUGAACUGUGAUGUAAAGUAUGUAAAAUUGGUAUGAAAUCGUGCUUUCUGAAUGGUUUAAAAUUACAAUUGAUGCACUGUAAACACAGGGAAAAUAAACAUACCUGUGCAAAUGUGUCA